AUGUUCCACGCUCUCUGCAGAAGACAUCAUCACACUCACCUCGCCGCCGUCAAGCGAUGCCUGAGCGCUCAAGUCAGCUGCUUUAGCUCCUCUGCAGUUCGCUGCCAUGCUUCUCGACCACCCUCUCCUCCGCCGCCUAAUCGACCACAACCCGAGCCCGCCGCAUACGUUAAACGCCAGCCGCAGCUAGUCGCCCUUCAAAGCCGGCCUGAGCUCACUGUGGACGAGUUCGAAGAGCUUGCAAACCGCGGCGAGGGCUCGAUCGAGCAGGCCGAGGCAUGUCUAUACCAGCUGAAAACUCAGCUGUCGCAGCUUCCUCUACGAGAGCGGCAUGAGAAGUGCUUGCAACACAACGCGGGAAAGCGCAUCUUGCUCUGGUAUUGGAAGCGGCGAGCGACGCAUGAGCCUACUCCGAAUCGCACAUUUGCCCAACUACUCACCUGGUCUCCUGCCAAUGCUUUAAAGUGCUUCCAGAGAGCUCUCCAGAAGUUCGGUCAAUACCCAUCUCCGCAAAACCCAUCCAUGUUGCUCGGCAUCCGUGUUGCCACUGAACAUGCCAUCCGAAACACAAGGCACCCUCCUUACGACUCUACGCUGUGGGACAGCUACUAUCAGAAUUUGCCCCAUGGAGUUGAAUGUCGACGAGCGCAAGCAACCGCUCUCCUCUAUCAUCCUUCCAUGGCUGACGGCCUUGCGUUCUACGACUACUUGCAGUGGCUCUCAAGGGAUGGAGUGCCUAAGGUGUGGUCCGCUCGAGAUGCCGCGAAGAGCUCUUUCACAAUGCUAGUCCUUCGUGCGAGCUACAUCCUAAGGCUGCAGGGCCAUGGCGAAAAGGCGCAAUGGCUUCGGGGCCAGGCAGAAUUGCACAACGCGCCCUUUUGCAUGGCAAAUUCAGAAGGCUUCUUCAAAGAUUGCGACCUUGAUCCGAAGCUUGAACCAUUACGACGGAAAGCGGGUGUUUCCGGACUUUCCAGUCUCACCUCAGACACCUACCAACUGCAUCUUCAUGAGCUGCACACUUGGCGUGGCAAAGGAAUAACUUGA